AUGGCCAUCCCACACGGGGGUCGGCUUCGCCAUUUUUACGAACGGUGGACGCUGCUGUCGUCCGAUCCAUGGGUCCUACAGUCAGUUCGUGGGGUCCACCUCGACCUCCUGAGUGUUCCAGUUCAGUCUACAUGGCCUCAUCCACGCCCAUUGACAGCGGCGGAGACUGCGGCUGUGUCAGAGGAAGUCAGUUCCUUGGUGCAGAAGGAGGCGAUUUACGCCCUCCCCAGCAACACUCCACCCGGUUGGGUCAGCUCCAUCUUCGUGGUUCCGAAGGCUGGUGGGAAGCUGCGCCCGGUGGUCGACUUGCGGGCCCUGAACGGAUAUGUCCCGUAUCAUCAUUUCAAGAUGGAGGGCAUCGGCACCCUCCGGGACUUGCUCCAGCCUGGGGACUUCCUCACCCGGCUGGAUCUGAAGGAUGCGUACCUCACAGUGGCGAUGAGGGCCAGCGAUCGUCGUUUCCUUCGUUUCAGCUGGCAGGGAGUUCUGUACGAGUUCCGGUCACUCCCAUUCGGCCUGUCGUCAGCCCCCUGGACAUUCACCAAACUCCUCCAUCCGGUGGUGGCGACACUUCGCCAAUUCGGAAUCCGAGUGAUCAUCUAUUUGGACGAUCUGCUCAUCCUGGCGCAUUCGUUGCUGGCCGCUCGGGAAGCUACGGCGUCGGUUGUGCACCUGCUCUGCAGCCUCGGCUUUGUAAUCAACUUCAGCAAGUCGUGCCUGGUCCCUUCUCAGGAGACCACGUUUCUGGGUUUCCUGGUGUGUUCGACGACCAUGACAAUCCAGAUCUCACAGGAUCGCCGGGACAAGCUUCUGCGGACCUGCCGCCAGCUACUUCAGGCGGAUCGCACAACUGUCCGCGAGGUUGCCAGCGUGGUGGGCAUGAUGCAGUCAGCGUGGCCGGGAGUGUUGCCAGCACCUCUCCAUCUCCGGGGCUUGCAAGACUUGAAGAAUUCCGCUCGCCACGCAGCAUUGGCAUGGGAGUCUGCUCUGAUUCUGAACUCUGCGUCCAAGGAGGAUCUCCGCUGGUGGGUUCGUUUUCUGGACUCUUGGAACGGUCGUCCCGUGAAGGUCGAGUGUCCAGUGCUGACGAUUGCCUCGGAUGCCUCGUCCCAAGGGGGCGGCGGAGGUUGGGGCGCAGUCUGCGGGACGCAGACAACGGGUGGUCGUUGGUCUGCCGCGGAAUCUCGGCUCCACAUCAAUGCUCUGGAGCUCCUGGCCGGGACAUUUGCUGUCCAGUGCUUUGCCCGUCAUGUCCAGAAGGGUCUUGUGUUGCUUCAGAUGGACAAUCAGUGUGCUGUCGCGUACGUGAACCGCAUGGGCGGCACUCGGAGCCAGCGGUUGAAUUCGCUAGCCGCGGAACUGUGGCACUGGUGCCUGGCCCGCCAAAUCACCAUUCGUGCCGAGUACAUUCCCGGGGCCCUCAAUGUCAUAGCCGAUUUCUGGUCUCGCAAUCACAGUUCCUCAGAGUGGCAUCUGCUUCCUCAGGCGUUUGCCUUGCUGAAGACCCGAUAUGGAGGUUGCCACGUGGAUCUCUUUGCCACUCGGAUCAACACGCAGCUACCGGACUUUGUUUCGUGGCAUCCGGACCCACAGGCGGUGGCGACGGAUGCGUUCUCUCAGCCGUGGCAGGAGAUGGACGGGUAUGCGUUUCCUCCCUUCUGCCUGAUCGAUGGUGUCGGAGGCGCCGACGUUGCUACCACACGACAGGUCCCUGUUGACGGAUCCUCUCGGCAAUCCUCACCCAUUGAUGGCCAAUGCCCGCCUCCGCUUGGUCGCGUGGCCCAUCUCCGGCAUUCCUACUCUAUGUCAGGGUUUUCUGCAGCAGUGUCCGACCUCCUCGUUGCCUCCUGGCGGACCAACACCUCCCGUCACUAUGACAGCGCUUGGGCACUGUGGAGUCGCUGGUGUGCGCAGCGGUCGAUCGAUCCGCUUCGCCCCGCACUGACUCGUGUUCUCGAGUUCUUGUCCGACCAGUUCCAGGACGGUCGCGCGUUCCGCACUAUUUCUGGCUACCGGUCCGCUCUCUCUACCAUGCUCCCUCCCGUCGACGGCACAUCAGUUGGCUCUCACCCUACUGUGGUUCGGCUGCUCCGUGGUGCGUACAAUCUCCGCCCGCCUGCGCCUCGCUACACCUUCACAUGGGAUGUUCAGCUGGUGUUGGAUUUCUUGCGGUCAUGGCCAGAUGUGUCCGUUCUCAGUGACAAGCAGCUUACUCUGCGCCUUGCUAUGCUCCUGGCGCUUUCUGGUGCAUAUCGUUGUGGCGAGCUUUGUCUGCUCUCAAGUGUCUUUUCCCAGCUCUCCGAUGGCUCUGUCCGGCUCCCGCUCCUUGGUACUCGGAAGACCCAGCGUGUUGGUGAGCCUCUGCAGACGGUCCAGGUGUGCCCGUUCUCUGUUGCUGCCCUGUGUCCUGUUCAGCAUCUGCUUGAGUAUGGCCGUCGAUCUGCCGUGUGGCGGCUAGAUGGCUCUGGUCCUUUGCUGCUCUCGUUUCGUAAGCCGCAUAAGCCUGUCUCUUCUCCCACCGUUGCCCGUUGGUUGAAGGAGGUGCUUGGUCUCGCUGGCAUUGAUACUGCUCAGUUCUCGGCUCAUUCUUCCCGUGGCGCGGCCACAUCUGCUGCUGCCCGUGCCGGUGUCUCUACUGCUGUUAUCUUGGCAGCUGCUGAUUGGAAGCGUGCUACUACAUUUCGCCGCUUCUACUGCCGUGAUGUCACCCCGCCGGCUGACUGCUUUAGUGCUGCGGUUCUGCGCUCUGCUACCGCUUAA